AUGGAGCCACCAAGAGGAACUUCCCAAGAAGCAGCAACAAGACACGACAAUUUCACACCACAACAUGAUGAACAGCAUGAGAGAAGACUCUCAUCAGCAACAACAACAACAACAACGACCAAGUUGAUCCCCACCACUACUGCUUUUUCUUUAUCCAAUGCCACGAUUCACCAACAGUUGUCCUUCUUGGAAAACCCUCAACAUGUACCAUCUAUAUUGGAAUUCAAUUUUCAACAUGGUGCUUCCAACACAACCACCACUACAACAAGGAAUAUGCCUCCUCCUAUUAGUAGUGGCACCACAACUGUUGCUUUCCAAUUAUUACCACCCAUUUCAAAUCAUGUGAAUGACAGAGAAUGGAAUCGACGACAACAAGUUUCUCAACAACAUGAAUGUUCGCUCCAACAACCAGCAUUUGCCAUGAAUGCUUCUCACAUGGUACAACAACAGCAUCACUGCCACCUACAUGCAUCUUCACUCCAUACAUACACUCAGCCGCAUGUAAUCUCUUCCACAAACUCUUUCACACCUUCUUCCUCUCCACUGCCACAACACCAACAGCAUCGUGACGCAUUCAUGAACACUACCAACAACGACAACGACGGUAUAUCCAACAGUUUAAAAAAGGAUUUGCCGAGUUACCUAGAGCCCCAAAUUUCGUUUGGGUCUGACCCACAAGAUUGUCUCUCCUCAAUCUUUGAUACCAACAAUUCUGGUGUGAAAUGGCUUGCAAGAGGAGUUAAAGAGAAUUAUUGUAGCCUUACAACCAAAGAGGGAACAUCUUCAUUGUCGACAUAUUUGGCAGGUAACCAUCAAUGUCACAUCACACAUACGUGCUCAUGGUCGUCACCAUUAUCUUAUUCUUCUCAUCAUCAGCAACAACAACAACAGCAGAAUCACCACUUGUUUCCACUUACUCCUCUUCCUUCUUCAUACACUCCUCAUCAAAUGCAUGCAAUAGUUGGCAGUCACAACAGUGAGACUUCUCCCAACAUUACAUACAUACCACAGGAUAUCACCACUGAACAGAGUAAUUCUAGUAUCAGUAGCAGCAUCAGUGCGAAUCAUGCAUUUCCUUCUUCUUCAAAAGUCAUGCAUUUGGCAAAUGCAUCAUUGUCAACAACAUGUCACACUAAUUCUGCGAGUACUAUUGUGCCAACGAUUAGUAGCACCUUUUCCGAAUCCAACAUGCAUGCAUCCAACAUUUCUCCUUUAUCGACCAAAUCUCUUCUUACACUGCAACAACAACCUCCGUCACCACAUGCAUUCAACAUGAUACAUGCAUCCAUGAACAUACCUCCUCAGAAUCCUUCGUCAUCACAAUCUCCUCCUCCUCAGAUUGGUAGUGGAGUUGCAUCCAUGCAUGCAUCCAAAAUUUCCAAGAAAAGAUCUUCUUCACGUGCAUAUGGAAAGAGAAAUUCCAAUGCGAGUUUGAUUUUACAGCCUUCCUCAUUAAUAACAAUAUCUUCAUCGAAUGUCACAUCGUCAUUAGCAGACUCUGUAGGUGGUGGAAAGGGAACAUCUAGCAGUAGUUGUGGCGCCUUAAUGAUUAUUGGUGAGGAAUAUACUGCAUUACAAGACUCUGAUCUGGACGAAGUGUUGGAUGAGGAUGAAGAUCAUGAAGAAAAACCCUCCAUGCAUACAGGAGGAGGAGGAGAAUAUCAGGACGAAUACGGCAAAACAACAAACAUUAUGACGAGCAUGCAUGAUGAACAAUUGGAAGAUGGAAAUACAUCCAAAUCGACGACGGGAAAGAAUGCAUCUGUCAUGAAACGUCCAUCUUUCACGAAAAUUAUCACAUCUGAGAGUGAAAGAGCACAAAUUAAUCACGGAACAUGGAGUAAGGAGGAACAUGAAUUAUUUAUCAAAGGGUUGAGAGAGGUAGGAAGAAAUUGGGAACUCAUUGCAACAAAGUAUAUCAAGAGUCGAGCACGAUCUCAAGUGGCUUCACAUGCUCAAAAAUAUUUCAAAAAGAUUGAAAAACAACGCAAAAUGAAAUUACAAAAACUUCAGGAAGCGGCGAAUCCAAGCUUUGUUUGGUCUUACUAUGAUGGAAGUGGAAAAUUGUGGCAUCAACAACCACCACUCUACAUGAGGUGGCAUCAGAGGCAAUGA